UUAUGCGAGUGUCAACAUGUCAAGCGUGCUGGCACCAUGGCAGCAAUAGAAGUGUAUAUAAAACUACAGUAAAUGGUCUGUUGUGUAUUCUGUUUAUUUCCACGUAGUACCCGGCUGUAAACCGUCGUUAUUUUGCAGAUUUAACAAUUUUCUGUACAACGAUCCUGAGUUGAUUGAACCUGGAUGGUGAAGGUGGCGGAGCCGCAACAGAUGAUCCGAAGAAAGCGGAAACGGAUUAAGCAUACGUUGCAAACUGUCCAGGAACAAGUCGAAUUUUACUUCAGCGAUGCAAAUUUACGAAGGGACAAAUUCUUUCUGCAAAAGACUGGCUCAAAUGGAACUAAACCGGUACCAAUUCAUGUUCUAAAAUCAUUUAACUGCAUUAAAAAGUUGAGUGUUAAUGAACAAACUAUAAUACGAGCAAUAAAAAACUCAACUCUGCUUACGGUGAAUGAACACUUAAAAACUAUUCAACGAAAAUUCGUUUUACAAGAGGAGCCUGCCAACACAGACGACUGCACUGUUUAUAUAGAUUGCUUGCCACCCGAUGCAACCAUAGCAUGGUUAAAAGGAAUAUGCAAAAAGUUAGGCACUGCAAAGUACAUUUCACUACCACGGCAACAAAAUGGAAGUAUAAAAGGAUUUUGUUUUAUUGAGUUCUCCUGCCCUGAAGAAGCUUUGACCGCCUACUCAAGCCUUAAUUUCCCUCGUAAGAAUUUCUUUCCCAAUCGAACUGCUGAGUAUUUAACCAGUCUCCAGCUUGAACAAGUUGGUGAGGAAGAAGAAAUGGAUACAAUAAGCUCUGCGGCAUCUUCUGUACAACAUGCCUGUAUAAAAUCUUCAGAAGAUUCUCAGGCCAUGCCACACAGAAACCAAAGUCACCUUAAGAAUGCCGACAUAGAGAUAUCAGAACAAUUAAAAUCCAGUUUUCAACAUCGCCAAGCGACCAGACUACUGUCUUCUGUAACCACUGUAAAAGAAAAUAUUAAAAGAAGAGGAAAACGGAUCAGAAAAUCGAAGAAAAAUGCAAAAACGAAACAAGACCCACCACAGAUUCGAGCUAUAAUGAAAACUGAUUGGUUGGAAUUGAAAGAAAGUUACGUGAGGAUGCAAAGGAAAGAGAUGGGGAGACUAAAGAGCAUCUUACAAAGUUUGUCCUCUGAUUUGAAGCACACAAGUGGCUUCAUAAAAGUACAUAAUUCCCGAAGCAAUGACAUUUGGGAUUUUGACGACAGCUCGAACCAGUAUGAUAUUGAUAACAGACAAUCUUCUGAAGAAGAAAAAACAAAGCGAGCUGCUCCUUCAUUUACACCAGGGGUUGUAGCAAAAGUUCAAUGUUUAGAUUCGGGGCAACCAAACCGAAGUCUUCCCGAAUUUAAGGUUCUAAAGCAUCAUUUAUUCAAUCAUGGUAAAGUAGCAUAUGUUGAUGUUGCUCCUAAAGCAACAGAAGGUUUUGUGCGGUUUGAGGACAGUGUUUCUGCUCAGAGAGCUGUACUAAAUGAAGAGAAAUUCUCUCUUCGGCUACUAACAGGGGAAGAAGAGGAAAAAUAUUGGGAUCGCCUCCUCGUCUCCAGGCAAAUGAAGAGGAGCCGAGAGAGACCUCGAAUCAGAGGCAGGGACAGAAUUACAAAACGAGCGAAAAACUUGUUGCUUGCCACAGGCCGAAAGCAUAUUAAAUUCAACCAAUAUUUUAACAAUACUUUGCAAUAACAAAAUCAUUAUUAUAGUAUGUGAAAAUGAAUUUUGAUAUGCUACCGAAAGCUGCUACUUUUACUGUUAUAUCGUUUACGAAAUGUUGUUUUCUAUUGGCUUGCAUUGUUGCAUGCACUCAUGCUUCCUUGUCGUUUUUUUUCUAUUUGUACUGUUUUCUUGUUUCUACUUUAAACCAUAAAAGGUGAAAACUCCGGAAUCGUUAAUCAAGCUACGAAAAUGUGUUAUAAAGAGGUAAUGUUAUCUUAACAAAUGGAUAGUAACCGCACUAUAUACGACACUUUGUCAACAGCUACGGUACAAUAAGAUCUUAGGAUAAGACGUAAGGAAAAGUUCCAAUAACCUAUUAACAGAGGCUUGUGAACUAAGCGCCAUAUGUUUCAUUGUUUACAUUAGUUGCAGAGACCACGGAAGGUUUUCCACGGCGGCAUAUGUUCUGUGGCGCAAAUAAAGGGCGAUAC